UAGGCAGUCACCCAGAGAGAGAGAGAGAGACAGUAUGGAAUGAAAAGCUAUAAAAGGAGGUGGAGCUGGGUUUAAUUUAGCAAAGUGGGGUAGUGGAACUGGAAAUGAUGUUGACUCUCAUCACUGUAUCUGCUUCAACUUCAACCUCUUCACCACUUCCACUCUGAAUAAAAAUACCAAUUCACCAUACAGCGCUACCUUCACUAUAUAUAUAUUACAUUAUACACCAUACCCUUUCUCUCUGUCUCUUCACUGUUCACAAGCACAUGUGAGAAAAAUUAACGUUCGGAAUCAAGGAUAAAGAGCAAAAGUGAAAGUUUGUUGGUUUUCUUAGUCUUGCCGGUCUGUAACGCAGUGGCCAGUUUCAAUUUAGUCAGAGAAUGGAGUCUCUGAGCUAUGCUUUUGGGGGGAGAGCGCUGCUGUUUGCAGAGGAUACAGAUUUCCAGGUCGAUGGUCUCGUGAGAAGUAGAAAUUUAUUGGACAAGUGGGGUGGAGAAUCACUUUCUAUUCCUAGUAGGAAUUCAGUUGAGAGCAUGGCAUUUGUAGAACCCGUUUUGCCUAAUACGAUGAGAAAGUCGGUUUUUGGUGAUCAAUGCCUGAAGAUCUCUGGUGAUGAGGCCAACAAUCCUUCUGGUAAAUCGCUGCUGUCUACUUCUACCAUCACAUUAUCGGAAUUUAGCACCACAUUUUCCAGCUCUAUGAAUGCAGUCAUUGACGAGAAGUUGGCUGCUCCAAAAGAAAAGAAUGAUAAUCAAUUUUCUGUGGACAACUCAGUAUUGUCUUCUCCAGAGCCCUUUGUGCCAGCAAAAAGAGCUCGGAUCACGAAUUUGCAGUCUCAGAUUCCUACAUGCCAGGUUCUUGGAUGCAACAAGGACCUGAGUUCCUCAAAGGAUUACCAUAAAAGGCACAAAGUAUGCGAUGUUCACUCAAAGACUGCUGUGGUCAUUGUUAAUGGAAUCCAGCAAAGGUUUUGUCAGCAAUGCAGCAGGUUUCAUGUACUAGCGGAGUUUGAUGAAGGUAAGCGCAGUUGUCGGAAACGCCUUGCAGGCCACAAUGAACGUCGAAGAAAGCCUCAAUUCGACAAUCACUUAGGUGCCGCAUAUUUCACAACUGAUGCAUCAAAUUUCUCAAGAUUUCUCUCGGGUGGAUUUUUCGGGCUGCAAUAUAAUGAGCCAGCUAUGCGUAGUGGGCACCUUAAGUUGGAAGAAGAGCCAAGUCAAAUAUCUCAAUUACCAGCACCCAUGAAAUUCUCUCAGUCUCUUCCAAAAUCUCUCCUCCAUUUGCAUGGCAUGGGAAAACAGUAUCCUUCUAAGAAUUGCCUCAACCAUUCAUUAUCAGUUCAAGAGCUAUCUGUGGGCUCAAAUUCCAGCUGUGCUCUCUCUCUUCUGUCAGCUCAAUCACAGAACUUAGUAAACAACUCAGCAGGCACGUCAAUGCCUCAUCCUCAGAUCGCGCAAGAAAAUCUCCAUGCUGACCUCUGUACUAUUCAGAACUCUGCUAAAUGUUUUGGGUCUGAUAACCUUUCGCCAAGUAUUGUUAAUUCAUCUGGAACCGACCAAGAACGAAGCUCUGUUGGUUUGGAAGUUCCGCAAACCGAACUUUCACAAGAACCGAAUGCUCCAAGACUAAAGAGCUAUCUAUCAUCUGAAGGUGCAAACACUGUUGAUUUGCUCGAGUUGUCAAUACAUCUUCAAAGAGUAGAACAGCAGAAACACUACACACAAUUCAAGCUGGAAAAUGGUAUCUUCUGCCAUUCUACAAUUACUUGAAGAGAAGAGAAGCUGCAACAAAUCUUCGGAAUACUAUUCCUUUGCUGUCUUUUAGGUAGCAUUUGGAAGACAUGAACAAGAAAUUUUACUUUUGAAGAAAAAUAUGUAACCAGCACCUGGGCCUGAGGUAAUUAAUUAGUGUCAGAAGACAUUUAUAUUACUUAAGGUUGCUUAAUCUUUGUAAAAAGCCACCACAUCAUGUUAGUACUUGUGGCUCUUUGUGUUUGUUUGAGCCAAUUAAGUACUAUUUUAGAUGGUUAAAUAAGCUACUGAUUAUCAUACU